ACUCAACACAGGUUUUCAUGUUUGAGCUUGAAAUAGAAGCAUCAAUAUAUAACAAAAUAACAAGCCAUCUUCUAAACUUCAUUACAAAUGUGGGUAACGCGACUGUAUCCAACUUUAACUUUACCACAGAGUGCACAUUGAAGGCAAAUGAAAAGAACUGCUCUUGCAACCCAGGAUACACAUGGACUUCAGACAUAUGCCAAAAGUACAAGUGCUGCAGCAACGAUAACUGCACUCUUAAUAUUAACGAACCUGCUGUGUGUCUGUCUGACAAAAGAGUAAGCAUCAGUGGAACAACCACUAUGAAUGAAUAUAAAUACAAUGAUUUAUUUGAUGUAAACAAAACCCCAAAAGACCAGUUCUUCAAUAAAACCACGGAAAUAAUGAAUAAGCUCAAAUCAAGUUUCAGCACUUUGCCAUGGUUUGACUCUCUGGUUAUCACGAAUAUAAGGAGUGGCAGUGUGAUUGUGGACUAUACGGUGAAGUUGCUCGGUCCAGUUACUAACCUUACUCAGCUUGAGAAUAUAGCCAAUAGCCUCUCUGGAUCUAACAUCGUGACAAAAGGACUCGUGACUAUUAAUGUACCUCAGAAUCAACCCAUUGAUAUCGAGUCAAGCGUAAGUGUAAACUGUACACCUCAAGAAGACCUAGGACCUGUAACGUGGCUUUUGGUGGACACGCAGAAUAAAACAACAAAAAUAACAAAUGGAGUAGAAGCUACUUUGCAAACUAAUGCACAAUUGACUGACACUGUUUAUCUAACAUCCAUUUCAGGAAGUUGGAAAGGAACUUUUACAUGUCAGUAUACAAGAAACUCCAUUCAACACAUAGCAAGUGACCAGUUGGACAUCGCACUAUUACCGGAUAUACAUGGCAAAAGUGAGCCACAAUUUCCUGACUGUAGAUCUUCAAACAAAAUUUCUAAGGUUACCAUUUUUUGUUCAAUCACUGAAAGCGCAGAAAAUUAUAUUGUUACAUGGAAAAGCCCUGACCUCACUGAUCUAACAAGUCAACAACCACAGGUCAGAGGUGGCUUUAUCUCUUACAAAGUGGAUGCAACGAUAGAUUGUACGAAACCGGUAGAAGAGGUGAAUGUCACGUGUAUUUUCACUAACAACAGAGCCAAAAUCAAUCGAGACAGACAAAACACAGUGAUAAUCCCAAUCAUUAAUGACAAAUCAUUAUUCUGUGAAGCUGAAAAGAGCUGGCCAAUCACAAAAAACACUUACCAAGCCAUAAUAGCUUGCGAUUACUCCAGUACUGGUGAAAAACAGAGACUAUGUGAUGGGACAUGGCAAAAAGAAAUCUCUUUUUGUGUAAAUCUGAAUCUAUAUGAUAUUCAAAAGAAUGUACAGGAACUAAUCAAAGGACUUGGGAUGAUUAAGGAGGAAGCAAGCAAGAUUUUCAACCAGUUACAUCAAACAACCAUUAAUGAGAACAUCAUCUCCUAUGCAAAUAUUAAUGCAUCUGUGAAUAUACUUGAUGGCAUGAAUAUUGUGACUCAAAAACAGUCAAAUCAAUGGAACGACACCGUCAUACCUGAUUUUAUCAAGUCUGCAAGUAAUCUUUUGAAUGUAACGGAACCCUGGCUAGAAUAUGAAAAGGAUAAUUACAACUUAUCUAUAAAAUAUCUACAGACUGUUGAGAGCACGAUAAGGAACGCAAACAUAUCUAAGUCUUUCAAUCUUACAGAAAAUGUUAAUCUAGCGCUCUGUUAUAUUAGCAAUAACUGCAACAUCUCCACUGCCAGCGUCACAUCAAAUGACAACAUUGUAGCUGUUGAAUUCAGGAACCUGGCUAAAAUUUUACCAAGACCCCUGGAGGAUAAAAGCAAUUUAUCAGAUGCGCCCAUCUUGUCGGUUAUCAGUGCAAAUCAAAUAAAUGGGACAGGUGUGUUUAAUGUUAUGCUGUCGUUCAGUUAUGCGGAUCGAAGACUUCGUAACCAUAAAAUGUUUUGUGUUUUCUGGGAUGAAAAUCUGAUGGACUGGUCUGAGAAGGGGUGUUCAUGGGGUGGUAUGCAAAAUCCAAACACCUGCACAUGUGAUCACAACACUUCAUUUACCAUGCUGAUGUCCAAAAGUCCAGAGAGCCUUCCGUAUAUGGACGAACUGACAUAUGUUGGCUUGGGAAUUUCAAUCGUUUCACUUGUUCUGUGUUUACUGAUCGAGUUUUUGGUAUGGGAUAUGGUUGUAAAAUCGAACGUCUCCAAUUUUCGGCAUAUAGCAUUAGUCAACAUUUCCAUAUGCUUGCUGCUUGCAUACAUUGCAUUUUUGGCAUCUGCCAACCCAAAGAAUACCCCAGCAAAUUGGUGCGUGGUCCUCACAGUUUUCAAACAUUUUAGUUUCCUGUCCGUCUUUUUCUGGAUGCUGUGCUUGAGUUUUGUGCUGCUUCACCAAAUAAUCUUUGUCUUCAGUCAGCUACGGAAAAAGGUUUAUGUGGGAUUAUCUAUCACUCUUGGUUAUGUAUGCCCAUUUCUGUCUGUGGCAAUAACCGUUAUUUCCUUUGAUAAUGGUAAGGAUGGUGAAUACUAUUCAAAUGAGACGUGCUGGCUAACAUACAAGGGAGCACUCAAGGGAUCCAUCUUUGCCUUUGUUAUUCCGGUUGGCACUAUUGUGUUCAUAAACAUGUUCACACUUUUUGUGGUGAUCACAAAGAUAGUAACACCUACUGUAUCAGAGGCAAAAGCUCGGGAUGAAAAGGACGUGGCCAAAAGCAUCUUGAAGACUUUAGUCUUCCUCUGCCCUGUCCUUGGGAUCACAUGGAUCUUUGGAUUGUUUGUGCUCAUUAUUGACCUUACAGCAUAUCCCUUAUCCUACAUUGUGAAUUAUGCAUUUACAUUGCUCAAUACACUACAGGGCUUUUUCAUAUUGCUUACAAACUGCUUUGGAGAGAAAAAGGUCCGUGAUGCACUUCUAAAGCGUUUCAAAGGCAAGCAAUCUGUACAGUCCAAAAAUGAAAGUUCAACAAAAGCAGUGUCCUCAGUGAUGAAGAAAUAAUGAUUGGACUUUAGAUUUUCCAGAUCUGGAUAUGACAAGUUAAGUCAAUGCAUGCUAAUGUACCAAAGGACAAGAAGAGACAGAAUACGAGGACAAUUUUAGUUUUCACAUUUGUGUCUUAUAUGUUUCAUAUGCAGAUUGUUUUAUCUAUUAAACAAUGAAUUUUUGACAUUUUUUAACAUUAAACACUAAAUAAUAGAUAUUUUAGUUGAAAUAUACUGUGCGAUACUGUACAAAUAUAUCUAUGUAUUCAAGCAUGGAUACCUUCUUGUGUUAGUUUAGUAUAUUCCUAAUGUAUCUACUUUCUUUGCAAGGGUGAGAGAUAGAUUUUAGAGAGGGAUUAAAUAUUUGAUGCAUGCAUGUCUAUGUUAAUAUACAGUUUAUAGCCUACUCUGUAUUACUUAAAACUUAUUUUAAGACACGGCCUUAAUUAAGUGCAAGUUAUUCUUUUUUUUUUCAUGUUGUAAACUAACAUUUUUGGUGUGUACAUUACUGCACACUUUCUCUGCUUGUUCACUAUUUUAAAAAGUAAUAAUAAUAAAAAAAAAAAAAGAGU